UCAAAACCAACAUAUCCAAACAAACCAUGGUUUCCUCCUCCACUCAUUUCUUUCUUUUAAGCUUGGUUUUCUUGAUGAUCUCCUUCUUUCAACUAUCCUCACAUCAGCAACUGUGUCAUAAGGAUGAGUAUCUUGCUCUAAUGCAAUUCAAAGACAGCUUUGUCAUUGAAAGGCAAGCAUCUACUUGUCCAAAAGUCGAUCUUUGGAAAUCUCAAGGGGUUGAUUGCUGCUCAUGGGAGGGCAUAUGGUGUGACCAGAACACUUCUCAUGUCAUAGGCGUUGAUCUCAGUAGUAGUUGUCUUUUUGGUUUUAUCAAUUCCAGUAGCAGCCUCUUUCGCCUUGGACACCUUCAAUACCUCAACCUUGCACUCAAUGACUUCAAUUUCUCUAAGAUACCAUUUGCAGUGGGCAAUCUUUCCAGGUUAACUUAUCUCAACCUAUCUGGUUCUUUCUUUUCUGGUCAAAUUCCACAUGAAAUUUCAAAACUCUCCAAUUUAGCUAAGCUUGACAUUUCUUUCAAUCUUGAUUAUUCAAAUCAAGGAUUGUUGGAAAUCAAAAAGCUUGAUUUGAACAGCCUAGCUUUAAACUUAACCAAGCUAGAAUGGCUUGACCUCUCUUUUGUUGGUAUAAAUUCUCCAAUAUCUAAGGCCCUAGCAAAUAUGUCAUCAUUGACAUAUCUCCAUUUUGGUCAAUGUGGAUUAUUUGGAAAGUUUCCCACAGACAUUUUUCAGCUACCUAAACUUCAAGUCCUUGAUUUGGAUAACAAUUGGGAACUUAGUGGUAGUUUUCCUGAAUUUGACUCUCACAAUCAACUUAGUGUACUUGAUGUUAGAAACACAACCUUUUCCGGUGAGUUACCUAUCUCAAUAGGAAUGCUUAGGUCUUUGGAAUAUUUAGAUGUCAGUAGUUGUAGCUUUUCAGGCUUAGUACCACCUUCAGUGGGUAAUCUCACCAAGCUCCAAGUCUUGAUCCUUGCAAAUAAUUCUUUUGUGGGAGAAAAGGUUCCUUUCUUCUCAAACCUUACUCAACUAAUUCAAAUAGAUCUUAGUCUAAAUCAUUUCACUUUUAAUGAGGUCCCUUCUUCUUUUGCUAGCUUGACCCAUCUCAUGUGGAUAAACCUUUAUGGUAAUCAAAUUACCGGUCAUUUUCCAUCUUGGAUUACAAACCUAACAAAUUUAAGAUAUUUGAGUCUCGCGCUUAACAUGUUACAAGGAUCUCUUCCAAGAUCAAUUUCUAGACUUAAGAACCUUGAAAUAUUUGAUGUUGGUUACAAUAACUUAAGUGGUAUUGUUGAGUUUGACACAUUUCUUGAACUCAAAUUCCUUAAAGAUUUGGGUUUAUCCUUCAAUAAUUUCUCAUUGGUAAUCAAAACUACCACCAAUGGAACAAUUCCAAAGUUUGAAAUGCUAGGUCUUGCUUCUUGUAAACUAAGAGAGUUUCCAAACUUUUUGCGUAACCAGAGUGAGUUGAAUGUCCUCCACCUUGCCUUAAACAACAUCCAAGGCCAGAUACCUGGUUGGAUAUUGAAUAUGAGUGCAAGUUUAUGGCUUUUAGAUCUUUCUCACAACAAUUUCACAAGUGUUGAAGAAUCCUUUCUUGUUUUUCCUUCUAUUAGUCUUUUAAUUCUAGACCUUAGUUUUAACUUUCUCAAAGGUUCUCUACCAAUCCCGCCACUCUCCAUCCUUUCCUACAUAGUACCCGGGAAUAUGUUCAGUGGAGAAAUUCCAUCUCAAUUCUGCAAAAUGACUUCUCUUCUAAUGCUUGAUUUGUCUCACAAUAAUUUGAGUGGAAUGAUGCUGCAAUGUUUUGGCAACCUCAGCACCAUGUUGGUUUUAAACUUGGAAGGAAACAACUUCCAUGGUCCUAUUCUUGAAACAUGGGAAAGUGAAAACAAACUCAAAGUAAUUCGAAUGGGACAGAAUAAUUUGCAGGGGAAGUUACCAAGAUCACUAGGCAACUGCAAAAUGUUGGAGUUUCUUGAUCUUGGAAACAACAAGAUCAGAGAUACUUUCCCUUCUUGGUUGGGAGCUCUUCCUAAAUUGAGGAUUCUCAUUUUGCGUUCAAAUAGGCUCUAUGUAGACUUCUUUGCAAGAUGGAAUGCCAUGAUUGAUCUUGAUGGGGAGAAUGCAACAUAUUUGCAGGCAUAUAACCACCAUAUCAUGGUGAAUCAUCUUGUCAUUCCUUAUCUAUAUCCUUACUCAAUGACAAUAACAAACAAAGGAAAAAAGAUGGAGUAUGCAAAGAUCUUAGAGGUCUUUAGUGCCAUGGAUCUUUCUUGCAACAAAUUUGAGGGAGAAAUUUCAGAAGUAAUUGGGAACUUAAAGAGACUUCAACUGCUCAAUCUUUCCAAUAACGUCCUUAUUGGUCCAAUCCCAACAAACUUGGGAUAUCUCACAAAUCUUGAAGCACUUGACCUUUCUCAAAACAAGCUCACAGGAAGAAUUCCUACACAGCUAACGCAACUCAAUUUUCUUGAAGUCUUCAAUGUGUCUCACAAUCAUUUGAUGGGACCUAUUCCAAAAGGCCAACAGUUUGAUACAUUUGAAAACAGCUCUUUUGAUGGAAAUUCAGGACUGUGUGGAAUGCCACUGUCAAGGAAAUGUGACUACUAUAACCCUGAGGAUUUGCCUCCAACAUAUUCAACCUCUAAAGGAAAUGAAGACUCUAGAUUGUUAGCUGGUUGGAAAUUGGUGUUGCUGGGUUAUGGAUGUGGAUUCCUUAUCAGUAUUGUCAUUGGAAACAUUGUUUUCACAAAAAAACAUGAAUGGUUUAUGAAGACAUUCCGAAUCCGGCAGCGAAGAAGGCAAGGGGUGGUGUGUAAAAGAUUGAAUAGGAGGAAGUAGUGAAGAUGAUAUCGAUCCCCAUAUGCUAUCACUUCAUUUUCUUGUUUUUUUUUACUCCUACUUCUCUUUGUUUGUGAUUACAAGUUCAGUGCAAGUCUAAUGUAUAUAUUAUGGAGUGGAAUUUCAAUCUUCAUGAACAAGUACAUAUACUGCUACUUUCAGCAAUUGAAGUGGAAUACUUAUAAUUUCCUUUUAGUAAAUUCUUUGCUUUCCA